CCCACCCACACUAAGACCAGCGUAGAAGGACCCAGAAUCCAGGACAGGGAUGGACAGGAGCAGAUAGAAAGAAGAGUCUGUCUGCACCCCAGGAUCACUCAUCACGAGAUGGGAAACUAGAUGAGUAGAGAGAUGAGCAGGAAGGAAAAAACUGGAAACCGUUGAUGAGAGACUGGAAGCCAAAAGAGAACGAGAAAGAGUGAAAAUGAUCUCCGUUGGCCUCCAGCUUGUCGGGUAUGUCCUUGGGAUCUUGGGCUUGUUGGGUACCUCGAUAGCCAUGCUCCUGCCCAACUGGAAAACCAGCUCCUACAUUGGCUCAAGCAUUGUUACAGCAGUUGGCUUCUCCAAGGGACUCUGGAUGGAGUGUGCAACCUAUAGCACAGGCAUCACCCAGUGUGACAUCUACAACUCUCUGCUCAGCUUGCCUACUAACAUCCAGGUGGCCCAGGCACUGAUGAUCACCUCCAUUGCAGUCUCCGUGCUGGCAUCUAUCAUUUGUGUCGCGGGGAUGAGAUGCACAAUCUUCUCUCAGGGCUCUCCUGCCAAGGACCGGAUAGCUGUGUUUGGAGGGGUGGUCUUUGUGAUUGGGGGACUGCUCUGCUUCAUCCCUGUGGUGUGGAAUUUCCAUAUGAUCCUCCGUGACUUCUAUAACCCCAUUGUCCCUGACAGCAUGAAGUUUGAGAUUGGCGAAGCUCUCUACCUGGGCAUCCUCUCCUCCUUGACCUCCCUCAUCGGCGGCUUCAUCCUCUGUUCCUCAUGCCCUCCUCGGGAAUCACACACGGCUCGUUAUACUCCUUACCGUGCUAAAACCCUGGGUAGCAGGAACCCAUCACCACCUGACAUGACUCAAAAGACCAAGAGUGAGUUCAAUGCUUAUAAUCUGACUGGCUACGUGUAACAGCAACUGGACUCAGCAGCCAGAGGGGCCCAAGUAUACCUCCACUGCCCUCUCGUCAUGUAGGUGAACCAAACAGGUAAGCAACAGCCAUGCCUGUUCUUCCUACCCUCUUCUCUACGAGCACGACUUACCACUCAAGCCGCAAUUUCUCCCAGACCCUGCCGACAGCACCACAUGGUGUGUUGCUUGAACACCACCCUCUGGUUCUUUGAGGACAUCAGAGCUAAAUUUCCUUUGGGGGAAAACUAUUCUUGCAUUCUGAGUGGCCAAAUGAUGGGAAUCACAUUCAACAUCUUCAAGACAACAGGCUGCCAGUGCACAGCAUGGAACAGGCACGUCAGGACAUCUGCCAAACUCCAGUGGCUGUUGCAUCCUUAAAGGACAUACAAGGCUGGCCUGUCGCUUACAGAAGAUGUCGGAAUGGAGAGAGGGUGGGAGAGGAGCAGAAAUCUGAACUGCUGGGUGGAAUUUGUAUUUUUGAAGGAAGUUUUCUGUUUCUCAGUAGAGGGGGAGUGAAAAAUGCUGCUUUAAGCUGUAAUCCAGGAAGAAAUGCAGUCUGCAGAACUGUGCCUGUACGGUGGGUGACUGAGAAUGAGAUGCCUUCUCACCCUUGGCAGAAGCCCAGCAUAUUCCCUGUGCAGCCAGACUGCCCUGUGCCCGUUUGCUUGGCAGGGGGUGGUUCCUCAACAAAGCGUUUCAAAGGGGGGCCAUGAAGUGCCCAUUAGUAAAACAUUUUGUCUGA